AUGUCUCGUCCUACCGUCGGUAUCUUGAGCGCUGAUGGCGCCAGCAGCGGAGAGACCCUCCCUCUCCCAGCUGUCUUCAGCUCCCCAAUCCGUCCCGAUAUUGUCCAAUUCGUCCACACCGGAAUGGCCAAGAACAAGAGACAGCCGUACGCCGUGAGCGAAAAGGCCGGUGAACAGACCUCUGCUGAGUCCUGGGGUACAGGCCGUGCUGUCGCCCGUAUUCCUCGUGUCUCCGGUGGUGGUACUCACAGAGCCGGUCAAGCUGCCUUUGGUAACCAGUGUCGAUCUGGUCGCAUGUUCGCACCCACCAAGGUCUGGAGAAAGUGGCAUCAGAAGAUCAACCUAGGUCAAAAGCGAUUCGCAGCUGCCUCCGCCAUCGCUGCCAGCUCCGUCCCAGCUCUCCUCCUCGCCCGUGGCCACCGCAUCUCCACCGUCCCCGAGGUCCCUCUCGUUGUCUCCAGCAAGGCUUUUGAAGGCGCCGCUCUCGUCAAGACCUCGGCCGCCGUUGCUCUGUUGAAGGCUGUCGGUGCCGGCCCGGACGUCGUCAAGGUCCAGAAGUCCCGCAAACUGCGCGCCGGAAAGGGUAAGCUGCGAAACCGCCGCCACCGCCAACGCCGCGGUCCUCUGGUCGUCUACAACCCCGAGAAGGACGGACGUGAGCUGGUUCGCGCUUUCCGCAACAUCCCCGGUGUCGAGACCUCCCCCGUCACCGCCCUGAACCUCCUCCAGCUCGCCCCGGGUGGUCACUUGGGCCGCUUCAUCAUCUGGACCUCGUCUGCCUUUUCGGCCUUGGACACCAUCUUCCCCGGCACCAAGUCCAACCUCGUCAGCAACGCCGACAUCACCCGCCUGAUCAACAGCUCUGAAGUGCAGGCCGUCGUCAAGGAGCCCAAGGGUUACGCCACCACCAAGAGAUCUUCCGUCCAGAAGAAGAACCCUCUCCGCAACAGACAGGUUCUCCUCCGCCUCAACCCGUACGCCAGUCAAUUCAGCAAGGAAAAGCUUGGCCAAAAGGGACUGGGCAACCAGGCUAAGCCUGAGCGUAUCAGCAGCCAGGCUCUGGAAGUCUUGCACGAGAACUAG